AUGGCUUUAGCUACCAAUGUUUCUGCACAAAUUAGCAGUAUUCCUAUGUUAAAUGGUUCAAACUUUAAAGUUUGGAAGGAUACCGUGGAGAUUGUCCUCGGUUGUAUGGAUCUAGAUAUAGCUCUUCGAGAGGAAAAACCCACUUCCACUCCGGAAAACCUCAAUGAAGUUAAAAUAGAGAAGUGGGAGAGAUCCAAUCGAAUGAGCAUUAUGAUCAUGAAACACUCAAUUCAUAAGGUGUUUCGGGGCUCAAUUACUGAGAAUAAAAAUGCCAAACAGUUCCUAAAGGAUGUUGAAAAAUUCUUUACUAAGAAUGAAAAGGCAGAGGCAAGUAGUCCUUUGAACAAACUUGUCUCCAUGAGGUAUAAAGGUAAAGGGAACAUAAGGGAGUACAUUAUGGAAACGUCUCAUCUUGCUUCAAAAUUGAAAGCACUAAAGUUAGAGUUGUCUGAAGAUUUACUCAUGCAUUUCAUUUUGAUUUUCCUUCCUGCACACUUUGGGCAAUUCAAAGUGAGUUAUAACACUCUGAAGGACACUUGGUCCUUAAAUGAGCUUAUAUCUCACUGUGUGCAAGAAGAAGAGAGGCUACAGCAAGAUAAGACUGAAAGUGCUCACAUGGCUUUAUCUUCUCAUUAUGAAAGAAAGCGUGAUACUACUGCGGAUGCGCCUUCUCAGCAGAAAAAGGCUAAGAAACAAGAUCAAGUUUCAACCUGUUUCUUCUAUAAGAAGGAUUGCCUAUGGAGCCAACCGCCAAGUCAUGCUGAAAGAUACAUCUACGUGGCAGACAGCAAUAUAGUUGCAGUCGAAGCUAUAGGAACUUUUAGAUUAUGUUCCAUGAGUGGAAUUUACUUGGAUUUAUUAGAGACACUUUAUGUACCGUCAUUUAGACGGAAUUUGGUUUCUGUUUCUCGUUUGGACAAAUCAGGUUAUUUUUGUUUGUUCGGAGACAAUAAAGUCAGUCUCGUUUAUAAUUCGAAUAAUAUUUGCUCUGGUCAUUUGGUGGAUAAUCUAUAUAGGCUUAACUUAAAUUCCUAUAAUAAUGAAAUAUUGAAAAUGGAUACAAAACAAAAACUAAAUGAGAAUUUGGCAUCAUUAUGGCACAAACGCCUAGGCCACAUAUCUAAACAGAGAAUUCAGAGGCUCGUGUCGGAUGAAAUUCUCGGACCCUUAAAUUUGGCGGACUUUGAAGUCUGCAUUGAGUGCAUAAAGGAGAAAAGAACAAACAAAAGAAAAUUAGGUGCCGAGAGAGCUAAAGAUGUCUUAGAACUGAUACAUACCGAUAUAUAUGGCCCAUUCCCUACUGUCUCUUGGAAUGGACAACGGUACUUUAUUACGUUCAUCAAUGAUUACUCUCGUUACAGGUAUCUAUAUUUAAUUCAUGAAAAGUCCCAAGCCUUGGAUGUUUUCAAGUCUUUCAAAGCUGAAGUUGAACUUAAACUUGGAAAGAAAAUUAAAGCUGUCAAAUCUGAUCGUGGUGGUUAA